AUGGCUCGCGGAAAUCAAAGAGAAAAGGCCCGUGAGAAGAAUCUCAAGGAGCAGGCCUCAACAAAGAAGAAGAACUCACUCUCCGGGACUGAGUUUCAACGUACGAAGGAGGCACAAGCCGCCAUUAUGCGCGAGAAGCAGGCAAAAGGUGGGUUUUCAGCCAGCAACGCGGCGGGUUGGCCAUACAGAUGUCUGAUUGCCAUUACAGCUGAAGCCGCGAAAGCCCAAGGGGGUGCCGCUACGAAGAAGAACUGA